AUAAGAAACUGCCAUUUUACCAAAAGUGAUUGUGUUAGUUUACAUUCCUACUUGGUGUGGCAGACAGAUUCUAAGGUGGCCCCCAUGCCCCUGUCUCUUGGCAUUUAUGCCUAAUGUAAUUCCCUCCCCUUGAAUAUGGGUGGGACUUGUUCCUUUCUAAUAGGCUAUGACAAGAGUGACAAGAUAUACAUCGUUAUGUGUAUGUGAUAAUGUUACAUCAGAUUGUAAUGGCUGUAUUGUGAGGACACUCUCUCCUUGCCAGCUUUGAAGAAGCAAGUUGCCAUGUUGUGAGCUACCUAUGGAGAGGGCCGUAUGGCAGGGAGCUGAGGGUAGCUUCAAGUUCACAGUCAGCAAAAACGCAUGGUCCUCAGUCCAGUAGCCCACAAAGAACUGAAUGCUGCCAAUAUCCAUGUGAACUUGGAAACUCAAGACUCUCUUGAGACCAUAGCCCCAGCCAACAGCUUGGUUGAAAUCUUAUUGACCCACUUAAACUAUGCUUGGACUUCUAACCCAUUGAAACUGUGAGAUAAUAAAUGCCUGUUGUUUUAAGCUGCUAAGUUCGUGGCACUGUUAUUACACAGCAGUAGAUAACUAAGACUAGUAAUGUAUGAAAGCUCCCAUUGCGCCACAUCCCUACUAGCAUUUAGUUUGUCAGUCUUUAAAAAAAUUUUUUUUAAAUGUUUGUUUAUUUUUGAGAGACAGAACACGAGCACAGAAAGGGCAGAGAGAGACGGAGACACAGAAUCGGAAGCAGCCUCCAGACUCUGAGCUGUCAGCACAGAACCUGACGUGGGGCUCGAACUCACGAACCGUGAGAUCAUGACCUGAGCCCAAGUCGGUGCUCAACUGACUGAGCCACCCGGGCACCCCAAGUUUUGCCAGUCUUUUUAAUUAGCCAUGGUCAUGGGUGCGAAAUGGUAACUCCCUCUCAUUUAAUUUGCAUUUCUUUUUUUUAUUUUUAAGUUUUUUGUUUUUAGAGAGAGAACACAUGUAUGAGCAGGGAAGGGGCAGAGAGAGAGAGAGAGAGAGAGAGAGAGAGAGAGAGGGAGAAUCCCAAGCAGGCUCUGCACUGUCAUCAUGGAACCUAAUACAGGGCUUGAACUCCCAAACUGCGAGAUCAUGAGCUGAACCAAAACCAGGAGUUGGAUUCUUAACCGACUGAGCCACCCAGGCACCCCUAAUUUGCCUUUCUUUAAUAUGACAUUGAGUACCUACUGACUGGCCAUUUGGAUAGAUACCUUUUCUGUGAAAAAUCUGUUUAAAUCUUCCCUGUUUUAUAAAUUGGUAUGUUUGUCUUUUAAUAAUUUAUUUGUAGCAGUUAUUUAUAUCUUACAGAUCAGGUCCUUUCAGAUACGUGUGUGUAUAUGUGAGUGUGUGUGCAUGCAUGUGUGUGCAUCUGAUAUACACAGGCAUAUCUCAGAGAUAUUGUGGAUUUAGUUCCAGACCACCCCACUGAUACAAAUAUUGCAAGAAAGGGAGUCAAAUGAAUUUUUUGGUUUCCCAAUAGAUGUUAAAGUUGUGUUCAUAGUCUAUUAAGUGUGCAAUAGCAUUAUGUCUAAAAAACAACAUAAAUACCUCGAUUUAGAAAUACUUUAUUGCUGGGCGCCUUGAGUGGCUCAGUCAGGUUAAGUGUCUGACUUUAGAUUUUGGCUCAGGUCAUGAUCUCACAGUUUGUGAGACUGUGUUGGGCUCUGUGCUGACAGUGAAGAGCCUGCUUGGGAUUCUCUUUACCUCUCUCUCUGCCCCUCCCCUGCUCAAGAGCGCGCGUGCACGUGCACUCCUUCUCUGUCUCAAAAUAAAUAAACAUUAAAAAAAAAUACUUUAUUGCUAAAAAAUGCUAACCACUACCUGAGCUUUUAGCAAGUCAUAAUCACUGAUUACAGAUCACCAUAACAAAUAUAAUAAUAACAAAAGAGCUUGAAAUAUUGAGAGACUUACCAAAAUGUGACAGAGACAGAAAGUGAGCAAGUACAUUUGGAAAAUGGUAUGGACAGACUUGGUUGACACUGGGUUGUUACAAACCUUACAUUCGUAAAAAAUAUUUUAUCUGUAAAGCGCAGUAAAAUGAAAUAUACUUGUACUGUUUUCUUCCAGUCUGUGAUUGGGAGGAACUUCCACAUUCCUCUCACUUCAGCCAGAUUCCCAAACUGUUAAUAUUUUACCAUAUUUACUCUAUUAGACUAUCUUUCUCUAAAUUGGUUUUUCUGAGCCAUUUGAGAACAAGUUUCAUAUGUGUUGUCCUGUGAUUCCAUACUAUUUCUGUGUGUAUUUUCCCCAGUCAAGGGCACUCCUAAUUAACUACUACAUAUCUAAGUCAGGUAAUUAACAUCGAUAAAAACCUACUCCUUUAGCAACAGGCCCUGUUCACAUUUUGCCAGCUGCCCCAACAAUGUUUCCUUUUCCAUUUUGGUCCAGGAUCCCAGUGCAGAACAUGCAGUGGACUUCAUUGUCAUGUACUCCAUGUCCUUCAGCCUGCAGUAACCCCUUAGUCUUUUACUGUCAUUUUUGUCCUCAACAGUCCUAUAUUCAGGAGGAUGAUCUGCAAGCUGAAUCCAUUAAUAUUUCCUCAUGACCAGACUCAGGUAAUGAUUUCUUGGCAAAAAUAUCAUAGAAAUGAUGUGUAAUAUUCUCAGUACUUCAUAUCAAGGGACACACGAUAUUAAGCAAUCCCAUUACCAGUGAUGUUAACCUUGAUCAUCUGGUCAUGUUGGUGGCUGCCACUUAUCUCUGCUUUUCUUCACUGUAAAGUCAUUGUUUUUCUUUUUAUAACUGACAAGUAUUUUAUGUGUAGACAGUUUGAGAUUAUGCCAGUAUAUUAUUCCUCAUCAAAUUCAAGCUACCAGCAUUACUGUCCUCCCUAAAUCAGCAGCCAUGAUAUGUUUGCCAAGUGAUGAUUUUUGUUUGUUUCCAUUAUGCCUUCUGCAUUUAUAAAUUGGCCUUCUGCUGUAAAGAUGAGUUUUCUCAUUCCUUCCCUCCCCCCUCCCUACCUUUCUUUCAGUAUGGACUCAGAUUUAUGAUUUAUUCAUUGAGUUGUAAUUUGUUAGUAUUAUUAUUUAUUUUGAUGCUCAGAUUACUCCAGUUUUGGUCAGCCGGAGCCCUUUCAAGCUGUUUCCCUUUUAUAUGUCCUUAUCAUUCUUUGAACACUUCUAGAUUUCUAGAACAACAGGAUGUUCCAGGGUCAUCUUGUAUUUUCCCUGCCCUAUUCCUGGAAUCAGCCAUUUCUCUAAGGAGUCCAGGUUCUUUUCAUGGAGGAUGGUAUUUAGAAACCAACAUUUGACGGUUUGUUGUGCUCAGUGCUUUAGGAUGUCCUUGCUUUUAGGUGCUCUUUUCAGACAGAGCCCAGAAAUAUAGGUAUGUAUGUACAGCUCGCGCUCUCUCUCUCUCUCUCUCUCUCUCUCUUUCUCUUUCUCUCUUUCUCUCUCUCAUUUCUUUCUUUAUCUAUUUCUGUAUAUAUCUUUAAAAGCCGUGCAAACUAAUAUCUUAUUUACUUCUUUGUUUAAUUAGAGAGAGAGCAUGUGCAGAGGGGGAAAGGGGGGAGAGGGAGAGAGAAAGAAUCUUAAGCAGGCUCCCCACUCAACAUGGAGCCCAAUGUGGGGCUCAAUCCCACGACCCUGGGAUCACAACCUGAGCCGAAAUCAAGAGUUGGAUGCUCAGCUGACUGACCCACCAGGUGCCUGUCAAGCUCAUAUCUUUAAUUUCAAUAUAAUACCUUGGGUUUCUCUCUAGCCUUACCGCUUUUCAUGUUUGUAAGUACCUUUUUUCAAGAAUGAGAAAUCUGGCUUUCAUUAGUCUCAGAAUAUUUAUUUAUUUGCUCAAUUCAUUAACUUACUUGCUUAUUGUAAUUGACCUCCCAACCACCCUGGCCUUCUCCAUUUGCCAUGUAUGUACCCCACUUGAGUACCUUAUGUCCUUGAACACUAGCAGACGGAAGCAGGAAAACAGAGAAAUGGUAAACUUCUUAACAUGACUCCUAGGACAAAGAGGUGGAAAGUGAGAAGCAACCUAGUUUACUCUGUAAAAUCUUAAAUAGUAUUUGUUCCUGUUAUCUAUUGUUAUGUAAAAAAGCCACUCCAAAACUUAGUCACUUGAAAUAUGGACAAUGUUAUUUUGCACACAAAUCUGCAGUUUAGGCAGAGCUUGGCAAGAAUUCUCUGCUCCAUUCAAGGAGCAGAAUGGCUCAAAGGCUGGGUGGGAGCUGGAAUCAUAUGUAGGCUCUUUCACUGCCAUGUCUGGUGGCUAAUGCUAGCUUGUUGGCUGGGACCUCAGCCAGGGCUGUGGCUAGAACAUCUAUAGGUGGCCUUCCAUGUGGCUUUUUUCUUCUUACAUCAUAGUGGCUGUGUUCCAAGGGCACACAUUACAAAAGAGAGCCAGGUGGAAGCCAUGUUGCCUUUUCUUACUUAGCCUAUGAAGUCACACAGUAUCAUUUUCACUGCAUUCUGUUCCUUGGAAGUAAGUGCCUAAGCCCAGCCCCAUAUUUAAGGGGAGAGGAAUUUGUUUCUACUUUUUCUUUCUUUCUUUUAAUAAAAAAAAUUUUUUUUUUUGAGAGAGAGAGAGAGGGCUCAAGUGAGCGAGGAGCAGAGAGAGAAUCUUAGGAGGGGCAGAGAGAGAGAGUGGAGAGAGAGAGAAGUGGGGCUUAUCUGACUCAGGGCUUGAGUUCACCUGAUGUGAGACCCGAACUCACAAACUGUGAGAUCAUGACCUGAGCCCAAGUCAGAUGUUUAACGACUGAGCCACCCAGGUGCCCCUGUUUCUACCUUUUCAUGAGAGGACUGUCAAAUAAUUUGUAGACUUUUUUUUUUUUUUUUAAGAUUUUUGUAAUUUUAAGUAAUCUCUACAUUCAUCAUGGGGCUUGAACUCACAACUCUGAGAUCAGGAGUUGCAUGCUCUACCGACUAAGCCAGCCAGGUGCCCUGUAGACAUGUUUUAAAAUCAGCAUAGUAUUUAAAAAUAUUUUUCUGAAUGAAUAGAAGGUCCUUUCAUUUGUACAUUUGAAUUUGUUUAAUACUUUUCAUUUUGUUUAAAACUUUAAAAAAUAAAUAUAUAUAUUUUUACACAGAUACAUAAAAGGGAUCAUGUUUUUUAUAUAUAUUGUUUAGUGAGGUCUGUUGUUUUCUCUUUUGCUUGCCUCAUUUCCCCCUUCUCUUUAUUUUCUCAUUUUGAAUUAUCUCCCUACCAUGUAACUCAUAUCUUCAUCCUUCUAUAUAUUUUUUCUUGUAUAAUAUAAAAAUGUAUAUACACAUCAUAUAGUGGAUUGGGGAUAUUGUUUUAAAAAUAGCAUCAUAUUGGGGAGCCUGGGUGGCUCAGUCCGUUAAGUGGCUGACUUUGGCUUAGGUCAUGAUCUCAUGGUUCGUAAGUUUGAGCCCCAUUGGGCUCGCUGUUGUCAGCGCAGAGCCAGGUUUGGAUCCUCUGUCCUCCUCUCUCUCUGCCCCUCCCCCCACUGGGGUGCGUGUGCAUGCGCAUGCGCUUGCUCUCAAAAAAUAAACAUUAAAAAAUAGAAUCAUAGGGGCACCUGGAUGGCUCAGUCGGUUAAGCAUCUGUCUUCAGCUCAGGUCAUGAUGUCAUGGUUCGUGGGUUCAAGCCCUGCCUCGGCUCUCUGCUGUCAGUACAGAGUCUGCUUCGGAUUCUCCAUCUCCCUCUCUCUGCCUCUCCUCCGCCUCGCACAUGCUCGCUCUUGCUCUCUCUGUCAAAAAUAAAUAAACAUUAAAAAAUAGAAUUAUAUUAAAAUUGAUUUUUGCAUCUUGCUUUUCUUACUGAACACCUUGUAAAAAUGCCUGUAAGUCAAGAGAUUUUGUUCUACUCUAUUCUUUUUAAUAGCUGUGCACAUAUUCUGUUUUCUGAUUUGGUUAUUUAAUUAUGAAGGGAUAAAGAUUAGACUCAGAGAAUAGGAACAAGAAUAGGAAUGGAGAGGGACAAGGUUUAAAGAAAAAGUGGUCAGGAAUGAGGAAGAGAGAGGAGUACUCAAUAUUCCUGGAGUCUUAAUUUUUUUUUUUAAUGUUUUUAUUUAUUUUUGAGACAGCAUGAGCAGGGGAGGGGCAGAGAGAGAGGGAGACACAGAAUCGGAAGCAGGUUCCAGGCUCUGAGCUGUCAUAACAGAGCCCGACACGGGGCUCGAACUCAUGAACUGCGAGAUCAUGACCUGAGCUGAAGUCGGCCGCUUCACCGACUGAGCCACCCGGGCACCCUAAUAUUCCUGGAGUCUUAAAGCAGAUGUGCCAUCAAAGGAGACAAGGAGGGGGAAAAUGGUAAUGGGAAGGUGCAUUGAUGGCUUUUUUUUUUUUUUUUUUUUUUUUUUGGAAAUAAGUGUUUUUGCAUAUAGUAAAAUUGCCUAUCAGGAAAUUGGAGACACUUGGAGACAUGGUAAGCAUAUGAGUCCAUGGGCAGGAUUGGAACUUAUAGGCAAAGCUAUGGGAUAGAUGAUCACUUGAAAGAGUGUGGUGUCUUGCUCAUUGUUUGCUGUUUGUGGUGGACCCAGCAAAUGAGAUUUCUUCAUUCCAGGCCAGGAUCCUGGGUAUUCACAUUUUAUCCAUUAAGUUUUGUUUUUUUUUAAAGCUGGCCAUCUUUCAGAAGCAGAGUUUUUAUUUUCAUUUUAUAUAAUGUGGGUUGAGAGAACCUUUUGCUAAAUAUAGCAGUGUGUAUUUGCUAGUCUUUCAGAGGCACUUAGGACAUUUAAAAUCUGAAGCCAGAGCUACCUGAUUGGAACUUCUUUAAUCUCUUUCACAUCAAACCAACCUAGGUUCUUUGUGAUAAUUAGCAUCAUUGAAUGGCUGAAGGAAGAUUUUUUUCUCUCUUAUGUUAGAGAGAGGAUUUGCAGUAUAGCUAAGUAAUGGAUGCAUAAUAAAUAGGACAGACACAUGAUUCCACUGAAACUCUUGACCUGAUAACCACUCUGAUUUCAUUGGGAUGAUGAUGAUGAUGAUGAUGAUGAUGAUGAUGAUUGAAAAUACUAGUGGUGUUGAGGCCCCUGGGUGGCUCAGUCGGUUAAACAUCUGACUUUGGCUUGUGAGUUCAAGCCCCCGUCGGGGUCUGUGCUGACAGCUCAGAGCCUGGAGCCUCUUCAGAUUCUGUGUCUUUCUCUCUCUCUCUCUGCCCCUCCCUCACUCAUACUUUGUCUCUCAAAAAUAAAGAAAUAUUAAAAAAAAUUUUUUUAAUAAAGAAAAAAAAGAAAAUACUAGUGGUGUUGAAGUCAGUAGUAGAGAAUAAUGCCAUCUCCUUUUUAGGAACAAAAAUCUUUCCCUCCCUGCCCUCUCCCCAGGCUCCAGGAAUGUUGAAGGGAGUGAUUGCAAUUUUCUACUUGUAGUUUGGAUGACUAAAGUUCAAAGCUACGGAUAGCCCAAGAGCUCUAUGUAAAUGAUUCAGUAGAUAUGAUAAAAGUUUUUCAGAUUGAAUUUUGAUCCGGAGUGUAAGGUGCUCCUGCUAUUGUUUUUCUUUCUGGUCUCUUUGAUUUUGGUCUUUUUUCAGAUAAACUUCAGCAGACAAUAAAAGAUCUCAAUUAUAUGUAAAACAUGUUGGGAAAGUUACAAAGAUGAAUGUGAUAUGAACCUGUCCUUAAAGAACUCACUGUCUUGGUAUAAACAGCAAAUAGGAGUACAAAGCAGAUUGAAAGAAGUAAUAAAUGGAGGUACAUGCUCAUGUAGUACAGGAAAAAAGACAUUACUUCCUCUGUAGAAUCUGGCAUUUGAACUGGAAUUUUUUCAACUUUCUUUCAUGGAAAAUUUUAAAAAUAGAGAAAAAUAGAGAAAAUGUGCAGUGAAUCCCUAUGAACUCAAUACUCAGCUUCAUUAACAGCUCAAGGUUGUUUCAUCUGUAUCCCCACUCCCUUCCCCCAGAUUCACCCCUAGAUUAUUUUGAAAUUUUUUAAUGUUUAUUUUUGAGAGAGAGUGAGAGAGAGAAAGAGAGCAUGCGUGUGCGCACAGUGCCCGUGAGCAAGUUGAGGAGGGGUGGAGAGACAGAGAAAGACACAGAAUCCAAAGCAGGCUCCAGGCUCUGAGCUGUCAGCACAGAGCCCAAUGCAGGGCUUGAACUCACAAAGGGCAAGAUCAUGACCUGAGCAGAAGUUGGAGGCUUAACUGACUGAGCUACCCUGGCACCCCACCCCCCAUUAUUUUGGAGCAAAUCUCAGAUAUCACAGCAUUUCUUCUAUAACAAUUUCUAUAUAUAUCUCUAAAAGGCAACAACACUUUUUUUUUCCUAAACAUGUUUAUUUAGUUUUGAGAGAGAGCGGGGACAGAGGGUCCAAAACAGGUUCUGUGCUGACAACAGAGAGCCUGACGUGGGGCUUGAACUCCCUAACCGAGAGAUUGUGUCCUGAGCCUAAGUGGAUGCUUAACUGACAGAGCCACCCAGGUGUCCCAAGACAGGGACACAUUUAUUUAUUUGUUUAUUUAUUUAAAAUGUUUGUGUUUAUUUUUGAGACAGAGGUGGGGGAGGGGUAGAGAGAGAGGGAGACAGAAUCUGAAGUAGACUCAAGGCUCUGAGUUGUCAGUAUAGAGCCCAAUGUGGGGCUUGGACUCAUGAACCAGGAGAUCAUGACCUGAGCAAAGUCAGACGCUCAACUGACUGAGCCACCCAAGCACCACUUAUUUUUAUUUUUUUUAAAGUUUUAAUCUUUAAGUAAUUUCUACACCCAGCAUGGGCCUCAAACACACAAUCCUGAGAUCAAGAGUUGCACACUCCAGUGACUCAGCUAGCCAGGUGCCUCAGAUAGGAACACUUAUGAAAAAUACACAACCUCAAUGUUAUUAUCCUUCCUGAAAUAAUUAACAGUAAGUCCUCGAUAUUAUCGAAUUUAUAGUUAGUUGAACUGGACUUUACAGAGAAGAUUUUAAUAGGUGGUGAAUGGAAGAAAGGGAAUGUGGGUUAAAGGAAUAGCAUAUGCAAAAGCAGGGGGAUGUACAUAAGUGAAAGUGAAAGGUAAUAAAGUGAAAGGUAAUAAAAAUCUGAUUUGCGGAUGUGGCAAUGGAAGUGGAAAGGAAAUGACAAAAUGAGUCAUUGCAGAGGAAAACUCAAUGGAAUUUUCCAGCUGAGGAUUGCAUAUGUAUCUUCUCUCUAUUUCUGGUUAACAAUGUUUGAGUGGAUCUUAUGAGCCAUAUAGAACUUGCGGGCCAAGUGUUAUUCUCAGCUGGUGUUUGUUAAGUAAAAUUUUAUUGGCCAACAGCUACAUCCGUUCAUUUUCACAUUAUCUAUGAGAGCUUUCACCCUAUAAUGACACAGUUGGGUAGUUGCAACAGAGACCCUAUGGCCUUCAAAGCCCCAAAAUAUUUACUGUCUGGCUUUUAUAGGAAAAGUUUGCUCAGCCCUGAUCUAGAAGAAACUGGUUUCUGGGUUUAGUACUGUCAGAAGACUGUGUUGAAUGUAUAGAUUAGGAACAGCCAUAGUUGUGAAUCAGAAGCUUUGGAAUUUGUUUUGCUCUGUCUUUAUCAUUCACUCCAUAGCUUGAGAAAGUAAGUUUCUCUAAGAAUUCCUUUUUCCGUUUGUUACCUUGUUUAUUGUCUUUUUCCUCCCACCCCCGCCCCCAACUAGAACUUAAACUCCGUGAAAUUAGAGAUUUUGUGGUUUUUGUGUUCACUACUCUAUUCCCAGGGCCUGGAUCAAUGCUGGAUACUUAGUAGGCUAGGCACUCAGUAAAUAAUUGCUGAAUAAAUAAUUAUUGCCUUAGUCUUUUUGCUUCUCUUCUGCACUAGACACAUUUGGAGCCUUUUGAGAGAAUAAGAAUGAUAUGUCUAGAUGGCAAUGAUGCUGUUAACGUAAAUGUGUUAUACUUUUUUCCCAACAAAGUUUAGAAAACCGCUUCAUUGAUACAAUGGAGUAGUAAGCAGCAAUUAAAACUAGUAACUACGAAGACGCUAGAAAUGUGGAACCAUGUUUAGAUGGGUCAAAAUCUUACAUGCACACUGCCUGUCUAAAUUAUAUGUGGAUAUAGACAAAGACUGCAAGAUAAUACCAACAUGAAAUCAUUGUUUUCAGACAAUGGGUUUUGGGGUGUUUUUUUUCUCUCCAAAAUUUUCUUUAAUACUAUUGUUUCCUCAUGUUUUCAAUAAUGAUUUUAAAAUAAAUAAUUUUUCCAUGUUUCUUUGCCUGCCCCUACCUCUGUACCAUGUCCAGAUAUAUAACCUUUAGUGUAGGUCACAAAUAAUGCAGUAAUCAGAAAUAGGGGCUCAUAUUGAAUCUCAGCAUUGGAAAGGUUGAUGGGUAUUAUGGAUAGGUGUUUGUUUCACUUUAUCCCAUCAUAAAUUGUUACAGUAUUCUUCCCAGCAGGACGUAUGCCUGUAAGCAUCCUUGGUUAGAGCCUGAUUUGAGGCUUACAUUUAGACAAAACCCCUCUUAUUUAAAAUAGAACAUGAAUAGGCAAGGUGGAAAGGAGUGGUUGGGUAAGAGUGUGUUUCUGAGAGCAUGUCCCUUCUUUCCUCUUGGUCUGAGAUGCACAUUCUGGCUAGCUUUUCCUCUGUGCCUUAGAAAGGCAGUGUUUCCUUUUGGCUGCACUCGUUUGGAGUUCAUUUGGUUUUCUUCCCAUUUCACUUUCAGACUGCCUUUGAAAACAUGGAUAGGUCUUUUCUUUGUGUCUCAGUUUUUCCAUGUGCAAAAUUGUUCUCUCUGUAUCUCCUAAGAAUAUGAUGAGUUUCCAAUAGGUGUUUGUGUUUGUUCUACCAAACUACAUUUCUAGGCUAUAUAUAGCAUUCCAGCCAUUGCCUCGAGGCUUCAUCUGAGUGUCUUGUUAGGAGCUGGAAUUCUGCAGUACAAAACAAAAUACAGAGGGAUUCCACAAUCUUACUUCCCAAGUUUAACCAAUGGGAAGAUGAUGAAGUACCUUUUCGCGUUUAAUUCAAAGUAAAAGUCAACAUCCUUCUAAGUACUCUACGAGAGCCUACCUAAAAUGACUCCCUGCCUUUCUUACUAAUUUGAUCACCUACUGCUUCCUCAUAGGUCCCUCCAUUCUGUCAACAGAAAUCUUGCCCUUCCUGGAAAAUGUCAGACAUGACCUGCUUCUUUGUCCUGCCUCUGCUGGGUAGAUACACAGUUCAUUCUUGCUCUUCCUGUAAGUGUUUGCCUAAGGGUCACCUUCCCAGUUAGGUCUGCCCUGAGCCCCCUGCCCCCGUAUCAUUCCUACCUCUUUUUGUACACAGCACUUGUCAACUUCUAACACACUUUUUAUAUAUAUUUUAUAUAUUUUUUAUAUAUUUUAUAUUUCCUUAUAAAAUAUACUUAUUGUUUACUAUCUCCUCCACUCUCCCAACUAGAAUGAAAGCUCCUCUGUGAGGGCAAGGGGUUUUGCUGUUGGAUCCCUAGUGGUUAGAUAUGGGUCAGUUGUAUGGUAAGCGCUUAGUAAAUAUUUGUUGAAUGAGUGAAGUGGCUAGGACACUGAGUUUCACCUUCUACUUGGAAUCUUCUUAUAUGACUGUUACACCAUACUACCUUGACCCCAGGGAUACUGUUGUUCCCUUUUUAAAAAAAAAUUUUUAAUGUUUGUAUAAUUUUCGGGAGAGAGAGAGAGAGAGACAAUGUGAGAGGAAGACACAGAAUCCGAAGCAGGCUUCAGGCUCUGAGCUGUCAGCUCAGAUGCAGGGCUCAAACUCAUGAACCAUGAGAUCAUGACCUGUGCUAAAGUUGAAUGCUCAAUUCACUGAGCCACCCAGGUGCCCUUGUUUUUCCCUUUAAUAAGCAAAAAGGAAAACACCUUCUCUUGGUCCUGCUUUGGCAUAACUGAGAUUGGCUAGAGAUCUCCAGGAAAUGUUUUAGUACCAAGACCAAUAGGGAAAUGAGUACAGAAAAUGUCAGAAGUACAACAGUCUGGCUUAUGGCAUAUGGCUCUUGAGUCUGCAUAACUAGCUUGCAGGACCUAGCCUAGUCUACCCACUUAUAAAAAAUCUAAUUCUAGCAUUAAAAAAAAAAAAAAAUAUAUAUAUAUAUAUGUAUAUAUAUAUGUAUAUUUAUUUAUUUAGAAAGAGAGAACAACUGGGGGAAAGGAACAGAGGGAGAGAGACAAAGAGAGACAAUCCCAAGUAGGCUCCAUGCUCAGCACAGAGCCUGACACGAGGCUUGAUCUCAUGACCCUGGGAUCGUGACCAGAGCCAAAAUCAAGAGUUGGACACUCAACCGACUGAGCCACCCAGCUACCCCUCUCAUCCUAGCUUUGAAAGACAAGUAUUGAUGUCCUUGAUGUCCUGCACAUGAUACCAUCUCAUAGUCUCCUGCUAAGGAGCUGCCUUCUUACAACUUACAAUGAGACCAAGAGAACAUCUGUAUUCUAGUUUGAGUGUUGCAUUAGUCAUUGUGGGCUGCCAUUACAAAACAACAAACAUUCAUUUUCUCAUAGUUUUGGAGACUGGAAAUCCAAGAUCAAGGUGCCGUAAGGGCUGGUUUCUAUUAAGACCUUUCUUCCUGACUUGGAGGCAGCCACUUCUCACUGUGUCAUCACAUGGCCUUUCCUCUGUGCACACAGAGAGAGAGGGAAAGAGAUGGAUCUUUGGUGUCUCUUCUUAUAAGGACAUUAAUCCUACCGGAUUAGGGUCUCAUUCUUAUGACUUCAUUUAACUUUACCUCCCUAAAGGCCCUGUCUCCAAAUAUGGUCACAUUGGAGGUUAGGACAUCAACAUACGAAUUUGAGGAGGGAGAUACACAAUUCAGUCCAUACCAAGUGUCAUUUCUUUUACUGGAACAAAUAACAUUAUGCUUCAGAUGAGAUGCCAAACCCAUGUUAGAUUCAGGGGAUAGCCUGUACCUUGUCCUCAUGAAGCUCAGUUUAUACAGGAGACAGAGAAGGGUGAUAAGUACUGUAGGGGUGUAUACAUGUGUCAAGGAAAACUUCUUUGGGAUGGUCGUGUAUAUUCUUGCACGUCUUUAAAUAAAUAUAUCCAUGGUUUGUGCAUAAUAGCAUAAAACAUAGUAAUAUGAGGAAAUCACGCAUACAGUGACAAGAAGGCAGUUCCUUCGAACUCUAGGGCAAACCCUCUUUGUCUUCGCCUGCCUUUAGUCCUGUCAGCUGUGGUUACUCCAGCCCCUCUUCUCAACCUCUACUUCUCAGACAUUUAACUGUGUUAAUUUAACAACCAAUGAUUUUCCUUUUCAUACUCUAUUGAAAAUUACUUUUUUUUUUCUUAUUUCUUUUCUUCAAGUUGAGUUGAACCUUUGGUUCUCUUUCCUUAUCUCUUAGCUUUCUCCAAAGGCAAUUCCUGGUGUUAAGUGAAAACUGUUCCUGUCAGAGCCUACUGUUUGCCAUUAAUAAAUGAUAAAGGAGGUUGUCAGACAACAGUAAUACUCUGUUUAUGAAACUGCAAUUACUGAUGCAGCAUUUUGUGAAGUUCUUACUAUAUAAAUGGCAUAAGUGGUUUGAUACGUUAUGACUCCAGAGAAUUCCUUACAUAAUCAGCCAACAUUUUCUCCUCUCAGGGGGAUACAUAUAACAUUAAAUUAAGUUGGUCUUGGUUGCCAUACACUUUAAACUGAGCUGGUUUUCCUGCCUGUGCUCAGACACGCUUAUGAGAGUAUAAUUGAUUUCUCUAACAGCAUGGAGUUAGAGGGAGUAGCCUUUUCCUACACUGGUCUCACUGAUGAUUCAUGGUCUUGAAAUAAUCAAAAAGCACUUAUUGCAUGCCUUAUUGCUUCAUGAUCUUUUGAUAAAGUACUAAAGCUCUUACCAAAUGCCUCCUGAUUUUAAUGGCAUGUCUUUACUUCUUUUUUUCUUUUAAUAUCAUUUUAGAGAGAGAGCAUGCACUCAUGCACAUGAGUGGGAGAGAAGGGCAGAAGGAGAGAAAGAGAGAGGAAAAAAAACCCAACACUCAAGCAGGCUCCACACUCAGCUCAGAGCCUGAGAUGGGGCUUGAUCUCACAAUCCCAGGAUCAUGACCUGAGCCAAAAUCAAGAGUUGGGUGCUCAACCAACUGAGGCACCAUGUCUUUACUUCUUAGCACACUCCACAAAAUACUCAAAAUCUGCUAGAUACUCUCUGUGAUCCUUCUCUUUUUGGAUGCUUCUGUGCCUAGCUCUUUGUCUCUGAUGUUUCUGGUCCUUGGGUUGUAAACUUCCCCCAGACAGGUGAUCUGCUGACAUGUAAACUGAGCUAAUUUUCAAUUACUUCUAUAAUUUUGUAGUAGAGGCUUUUAAAAAGUUAUUAAGUAUCUUUUUUGUUUUCUAUUAUCCUUCCUUUUAUCUUUCUAUUCCAAAUGUGCUUGUUCAUUCACCCAUCUCUUCUGUCCUUCCAUCUAACAUGUAUUGAACAUUUACUAGGUGUUCGUUGUUGUGGGACUUUCUUGGUCUUCUUGAUUGUAGUGCUGGCCUUAUAUAUUUUUGGUUUCUUUAUUCCAUUUUUUUCUAUCCUCAUGUGGAAUAUUCCCUAAUACUCUGCUUACUGUCCAUUGUAAUUAUUAAAGUUAAUUUCUUCUGUAGAUGGUUCUCUUUUUUAUUAGCUGUAUAAUUUUAUAUUGCUUUUUAAAUAGGUCCAUCACAGGGGCGCCUGGGUGGCUCAGUCGGUUGGUUAGGCGUCCAACUUCAGCUCAGGUCAUAAUCUCACUGCGCGUGAGUUUGAGCCCCACAUCGGGCUCUGUGCUGACAGCUCAGAGCCUGAAGCCUGCUUCCAAUUCUGUGUCUCCUUCUCUCUCUCUCUGCCCCUCUCCCACUCACACUCUUUUUCUCUCAAAAAUAAAUAAACGCUAAAAAAUUUAAAUAGGCCCAUCACAAAGGCUAUGAUAUGAACAGGAAAUAAAUGUGAUUUUUUCUUCUUUUCUCAUUAUUACUAACUGACUCAUGGUAACUUCAGAAAUGGAGAAACUCACUGUGAAAUAGAAAUACAAUACCAGCCACACAUGUACUUAAAAAAAAACAAACCCAAAACAACUUUAUUGAGAUCUGACUCAUAUACCAUGGAAUUCACUCAUUUAAAGUAUAUAAUCCAUUGACUUUUUAAAAAUAUUUGUUUAUUUUUGAGAGAGACAGACAGAAGAGGAGUGGGAGAGGGGUGGAGAGAGAGCGAAACACAGAAUCUGACGCAGGCUCCGGGCUCCAGGCUCCAGGCUCCAGGCUCUGAGCUGUCAGCACAGAGUCCGACUCCGGGCUCAAACCCACGAACCGUGAGAUCAUGACCUGAGCUGAAGUCAGAUGCUUAAUCAGCUGAGCCACCCAGGUGCCCCAAUCUGUUGGCUUUUAGAAUAUUUACAGAUAUAUGUACUUUAAAUUUUCUAAUAGCCACACAACAAAGGGAAAAAUAAACUAGUGAAAUUAAUUGAUCAGUAUAAAAGAAAUUUCCACUGUUUCUUUGACCUUGGACCAUAAAAGAGAACAUAAAAUGCAGUCGACAGUCUUUUAAGAGGAUAGAAGAGUUGGCAAAACAUUUCACUUGGUCGUGUAGCUUUCCCAUUCGUACACCUAUCCUAUAUACAUGGGUGCACUUAAUUGAUACUAAGCACCUCUUUUUCUCAUUUCUCACAAAUGACUAUAAUGUUGGCUUUUGUAUCCAGUUUGUCCCAGGAAGUGUUCAGUUUUUUCAAGGAGGAUGUAAAGGUAUAGUGUUCUCUUUUACUGGCCUGUUGAUCUGCUCUUUAUUUUCUGCAUGCUUACCUUUCCCUACAGACUUUUUAUGACAAACUUAAAAACCAUAUAAACAAUUUGAAAGUAUGAAAAGUGAUAGUAACUUCAGUUGCCCAGAAAUGUUAGGUAAUUAGUUACUGUCAUUUUAAUAUUUGGAGCUGACCGUGUUUCCUUUAACAGUGUGGACAAUUCUUCAAAAGACAAAGCAGUUUAACUGUAAAACUCAGCAAUUCCACUCCUAGGUACAGCAGUCUCCUGUUAUCCAAGGGGAUACUUUCCAGGACCCCAGUGGAUACCUGAAACCAUGGAGUGUACUGAACCUUAUGUAUACUGUUUUUCCUAUACAUAUAUACCUGUGAUAAAGUUUAAUUUAUACAUGAGGCACAGUAACAACAAUAACUAAUAAUAAAAUAGACAACUAUAAUAAUAUACUGUAAUAAAAGUUAUGUGAAUGUGGUCUCUCUCAAAAUAUCUUUUUUUGGGCAGAGGGGAGCAGAGAGAGAGGGGGGCAGAAUCCCAAGCAGGCUCCAUGCUGUCAAUGUGCAGCCCGACUUGGGGCUCCCUGAUCUCCGUAAGAUCAUGAUUUGAGCUGAAAACAAGAGUUGGAGCAGCACGCCUCUCUCAAAAUAUCUUAUUGUACUGUACUCACCCUUCUUGUGAUAAUGUGAGAUGAUAAAAUGUCUACAUGAUGAGAUGAAGCGAGAUGAAUGACAUGGUUAUUAUGAUGUGGUGUUAGGUAACUACUGACUUUCUGACAGUACACCAGAGGAAGAUCAUCCACUUUUGGGGAAUGGUUCACUGCAGUUAACUGAAAUCGUAGAAAGCAUAACCAUGGGCUAUUCAGCUUGACCCUGAAGAAACUCGUCAUGCUAAAAGAAAUGGACAAAGAUCUUAACUCGGUGGUCAUUGCUGUGAAGCUACAGGGUUCAAAAAGGAUUCUUCGCUCCAACGAGAUCAUCCUUCCAGCUAGUGGACUUGUGGAAACAGAACUCCAAUUAACCUUCUCCCUUCAGUACCCUCAUUUCCUGAAGCGAGAUGCCAACAAGCUACAGAUCAUGUUGCAAAGGAGAAAGCGUUACAAGAACCGGACCAUCUUAGGCUAUAAGACCCUGGCUGUGGGACUUAUCAACAUGGCAGAGGUGAUGCAGCACCCUAAUGAAGGCGCUCUGGUGCUUGGCCUGCACAGUAACGUGAAGGAUGUCUCUGUGCCUGUGGCAGAAAUAAAGAUCUACUCUCUGUCCAGCCAGCCCAUUGACCAUGAAGGAAUCAAAUCCAAGCUGUCUGAUCGUUCUCCUGAUAUUGACAAUUAUUCUGAGGAAGAGGAGGAAAGUUUCUCAUCAGAACAGGAAGGCAGUGAUGAUCCGUUGCACGGGCAGGACCUGUUUUAUGAAGAUGAGGAUCUACGGAAAGUAAAGAAGACCCGGAGGAAACUAACCUCAACCUCUGCCAUCACAAGGCAACCUAACAUCAAACAGAAGUUUGUGGCCCUCCUGAAGCGGUUUAAAGUUUCAGAUGAGGUAGGCUUCGGGCUGGAACACGUAUCCCGAGAGCAGAUACGAGAGGUGGAAGAGGACUUGGAUGAACUGUAUGAUAGUCUGGAGAUGUACAAUCCCAGCGACAGUGGCCCUGAAAUGGAAGAGACGGAGAGCAUCCUUAGCACUCCAAAGCCCAAGCUCAAGCCCUUCUUUGAGGGGAUGUCGCAGUCCAGCUCACAGACGGAGAUUGGCAGCCUCAACAGCAAGGGUAGCCUCGGCAAAGACACCACCAGCCCUAUGGAAUUGGCUGCUCUAGAAAAAGUCAAAUCUGCUUGGAUUAAAAAUCAAGAUGACAGCUUGACUGAAACAGACACUCUGGAAAUUACUGACCAGGACAUGUUUGGGGAUAUGAGCACAAGUCUGGUUGUGCCAGAGAAGGUCAAAACUCCCAUGAAGUCCAGCAAAACAGAUCUCCAAGGUUCUGCUUCUCCCAGCAAAGUGGAUGGGGUACACACGCCCCGGCAGAAGCGGAGCACACCCCUGAAGGAGCGGCAGCUCUCCAAGCCCCUGAGUGAGAGAACCAACAGCUCCGACAGUGAGAGGUCCCCCGACUUGGGCCACAGCACGCAGAUUCCAAGAAAGGUUGUGUAUGACCAGCUGAAUCAGAUCCUGGUAUCAGAUGCAGCUCUCCCAGAAAAUGUCAUCCUUGUCAACACUGCGGACUGGCAGGGCCAGUACGUGGCAGAGCUGCUCCAGGACCAACGGAAGCCUGUCGUGUGUACCUGCUCCACCGUGGAGGUCCAGGCCGUGCUGUCUGCCUUGCUCACCCGUAUUCAGCGCUACUGCAACUGCAACUCCUCCAUGCCGAGGCCGGUGAAGGUGGCAGCAGUGGGAGGCCAGAGUUACCUGAGCUCCAUCCUCCGGUUCUUUGUCAAGUCGCUGGCCAGCAAGACCUCCGACUGGCUUGGCUACAUGCGCUUUCUCAUCAUUCCCCUCGGUUCUCACCCUGUGGCCAAAUACUUGGGCUCAGUCGACAGUAGAUACAGCAGUAACUUCCUUGAUUCUGGCUGGAGAGACCUCUUCAGUCGCUCGGAGCCCCCAGUGUCAGAGCAACUGGACGUGGUCGGGCGGGUCAUGCAGUAUGUCAGUGGGGCAGGUGUCACACACCAGCUCCCCGUAGCUGAAGCCAUGCUGACCUGCAGGCAUAAGUUCCCUGAUGAAGACUCCUAUCAGAAGUUUAUCCCCUUCAUUGGCGUGGUGAAGGUGGGUCUGGUUGAAGAUUCUCCCUCUACUGCAGGUGAUGGGGAUGACUCGCCUGUGGUCAGCCUUACUGUGCCCUCCACAUCACCGCCUUCCAGCUCAGGCCUGAGCCGAGAUACCACAGCCACCCCUCCUUCGUCCCCAUCCAUGAGCAGUGCCCUCGCCGUUGUGGGGAGCCCCAACAGCCCAUAUGGGGACGUGAUUGGCCUCCAGGUGGACUACUGGCUGGGCCACCCUGGUGAGAGGAGAAGGGAAGGCGACAAGAGGGACGCCAGUUCCAAGAACACCCUCAAGAGCGUCUUCCGCUCAGUGCAGGUUUCCCGCCUGCCCCAUGGUGGGGAGGCCCAGCUUUCCGGUACCAUGGCAAUGACUGUGGUCACCAAAGAGAAGAACAAGAAAGUUCCCACAAUCUUCCUGAGCAAGAAACCUCGAGAAAAGGAGGUAGAUUCCAAGAGCCAGGUCAUCGAGGGCAUCAGCCGCCUCAUCUGCUCUGCCAAGCAGCAGCAGACCAUGCUCAGAGUGUCCAUCGACGGAGUCGAGUGGAGUGACAUCAAGUUCUUCCAGCUGGCGGCCCAGUGGCCCACCCAUGUCAAGCACUUUCCAGUGGGACUAUUCAGUGGCAGCAAGGCCACCUGAGGGCACUAUCUCCUGGCCACUCUCCCUCCUGGCACUGCCACCAGCCUCACCGCCUGCGGGCAGGGGGAGGCCAGCAGGCCUGGGUCCAGCGUCCCCUUUCCUGGCCCUGAGGCCUGUAUCUCUCUUGCCCAGUCCUGAAGGACACUGCCAGUGGGGACGCUGCUCCCCUCCCUCCUGCUCAGUCCUCUCCCUCCCAUUCCAGGCCGGGGCGUGUCGAUUUUGCCUUUUGGCACCCAUCCCUGGGCCUCCCUUCACCGACUUCCAGUCUCCCCACAUGGCACCAGUUCCUUCCUGGAAAUAGGAAACCUGGAACCCUGGCCCACAGCAGGGAAUCCAGCCCUCCCCAUCCCUCUGCCAGCUGCCCAACCUGCCCCCCCUCAAGUGGGGCCCAGGGCCACUUCCCACUCCAGUGGCUUCUCCCAGUGUGGGGUAGGAGGGGCACCCUGAGCCCAAGGGACCCCCUCCCCUCCACAAUCACAGGAGCAGCCCCACCCCACCCUCAUCCCCAGAACCGCAUUUCUGUGGUGAUGCCAUGUAUUUCUGGGGUGGAGGGGCCUUCCUGGUCUCCCCCAUGCACGACUUCCUCACUGACCCCCAGGUCCCCCCUAGAUGUCACGAGCAUCCUUGAGUGUUUCUUUGGUUCUCUGCACAGCCAGUCUCUUGGUGGUUCCAUGUGACUCGCUUGGGCACCAGUCGCUGUCCUUGUGGCUCCCCCUUGUUGAUGACUCUCCUCCCUCUGCCUCCCACCCCCUGCCCUCCAGCACAGCCUGCCUCUUCCUGAACUCCAGACUGGGACAGAUGGGAGGCAGACCCCCACCGGCAUAUUGUCUGUGACCCUACAUCUCCCCGUGCCCACCAUGUCCAUUUGUGUCCCGUUCCCUAGUGUGUUCUUCCCCUCCUCCCACCUGGACAGAGAGCCCACCUUCCCAGCCAGGUCUCUCUCCAGCAGGCUCCAAACCCUCCCUCUUGCCAUGGGGGUCUGAGCCAACUCCUCAGCCUCGACCAUCAGCCUUCUCAGGAGAAGCUGAGCACGCAGGGCCACCAUCCCAGCCGCAGCCCUCUGUCCACCACCCCAGCACCUCCAGAGCUUUACCGUUGCCCUCACCCCUUCUAGAAGUUUUUGCACAGAACUUCAUUUUGAAAAGUGUUUUUCUCAUUCUCCAUACCUCCCCAAACUCCUCCAGCCCUUAUACCCCUGCUCAGCCCUGCUGUCCAGAGCAUCUCCUGGGCUGAGCUGCUCUCUUGGGGCCGGAGAGGGGUGGGGUUUGGGGGACUGAGUGGAUGUUGGGUUUUUCAUUCAAUAAACUGGUGAUUUCUUACCAAC